UUAUACCAUAACGUUGUGAAAGUCAACUAAAGAAGUGGACUCGAUCAGGGGAGGUGUUGUGUUCCUCGCAGUCAAACCAAAGCAUAUUCCAUAUUAUUGUCUUAAAGAAGAAAAAAUCUCCAAAAAAAAAUCCAUUAAAAUGAAGAGACAAGGACUUAAAAUUCUUCUCAUUCUCUGUGUCUUGAAAAAUCAUAUAAAUCGAGGAUACGAUGCCGGCGUUAAGAGUGUUAUCGUCGUUAGAUGCGGCUAGGAUACAAUGGUACCAUUUCAAGGCGAUAAUAGUCGCCGGGAUGGGACUUUUCACCGACGCUUACGAUCUUUUCUGUAUUGCUCCGAUCAUGAAAAUGAUAAGUCAAAUCUAUUACCACAAAGACUCGAUCGGAACCGCUCUUCUCUCAACUUCUUACGCAAUCGCUCUUCUCGGGACAGCCUUAGGUCAGAUCAUCUUUGGUUACUUAGGUGACCGAGUUGGACGUCGUAAAGUCUACGGACUUUGUCUCUUAAUCAUGGUCUUCAGCUCCUUUGGUUGUGGCUUCUCUGUUUGCACCACUCGACGUUCUUGCGUUAUGGUCAGUCUUGGAUUCUUUAGAUUCGUUCUUGGACUCGGGAUCGGUGGAGAUUACCCUCUCUCUGCAACGAUUAUGUCGGAGUUCGCUAACAAAAGGACGCGUGGAGCUUUCAUCGCGGCCGUGUUCUCGAUGCAGGGGUUAGGGAUCUUGAUGAGCUCUGCCGUGACCAUGGUUGUGUGUGUGGCGUUCAAGAACGUCGCCGGAGAGGGGAGUUUGGAAAAGACGAACGCCGCGGGGUCAGAGACUUUGGCUCCACCGGAAUCGGAUAUAGCGUGGAGGUUGAUUCUUAUGAUCGGAGCUAUUCCUGCCGCGUUGACGUUUUACUGGCGAAUGCUCAUGCCUGAAACCGCCAGAUACACAGCUUUGGUGGAGAACAAUGUAGUCCAAGCAGCAAAAGACAUGCAACGGGUCAUGUCCGUAUCCAUGACUCAAAUCGACGAGGAUUCAUCGUUGGAAGUACAACAAUCGCCACGGUCUUCCUACAAACUCUUCUCACGCCGUUUCUUCAGCCUCCAUGGAUGUGACCUCUUCGCAGCCUCAGCCAAUUGGUUCCUAGUCGACGUCGUCUUCUACACAAGCAAUCUCCUCCUCUCUCAGAUCUUCAACUUCUCCAACGAAUCUAUUCACUCCACAAGCGUCUACGAUUCCGCCUUUGAAGUAGCUAAGGUCGCAGCCAUCGUGGCCGCUUGCUCCACAAUCCCCGGUUACUGGUUCACCGUCUAUUUCAUAGAUAGAAUCGGUCGAGUCAAGAUUCAGAUGAUGGGGUUUUUCCUCAUGGCCGUUGUUUACUUAGUCGCUGGGAUCCCGUACAGUUGGUAUUGGUCCAAACACGAGAAGACUAAUAAAGGCUUUAUGGUUCUCUACGGAUUGAUCUUCUUCUUUAGCAACUUUGGUCCUAACACGACGACGUUUAUUAUCCCGGCGGAGCUUUUUCCGGCAAGGUUUAGGUCCACGUGCCACGGGAUAUCUGGAGCAGCUGGGAAGUUUGGGGCUAUCGUUGGCACUGUUGGUUUCUUGUGGGCCACGAAACACCAUGAGGAUGACGUUUUCUUAGACGUGAAACGUGUCAGAAUCGCGUUUUUGAUCCUUGGUGGCGUUUGUAUCGCGGGAAUGAUCGUGACGUACUUCUUCACUCGUGAAACGAUGGGGAGAUCGUUAGAAGAGAACGAAGACGAGAUCGGUUGUACCACGUCAGCAGAAUCAUCUUCUGCCAAUGUUCUAUUUCCAAGAUAGUAUUACUGAUUUUGACAUUAUGUAUAACACACAAUCAAAUCGUCUUGUGGAUCUUUUCCUCUCUUAUUAACUCUUAAUUAUUCCUUAAUCUUUGAUGUUUUGAUACUCAAA